AGGGGGCUUCACGCUAUUCUUUAUUCACAGACACCCGAGACACUCAGAGAGACGUCAAAUCUGAGGAGGAGGAAGAAGGACGUGUGAGGGUAAAAGAGGAGGAAGUUCACAUAGAGAUCAGCACAGAUGGACAACGUACAACGAGCGCCAUGGGGACACAUCUGUCUUCCGAUCCCUCUACACUUGGGCGGAGUUUCUCCAAUCAGUCACCUUUCAUCACCCACCAUACAGAUAAUAGAAAAAAAACUCACACAAAAAAUAAGCCAUAUUCAUGUUCAGAAUGCGGAAAAUGUUUCACCCAGAAGUCCUCUCUUAUUUCCCAUGGACGACUCCACAUAGGCAUGAAGCCUUACUCUUGUUCCCAGUGUGGAAAAUGUUUUAAUUCAAAUUCCCAUCUUCUCCGCCAUCAGAGAAUUCACACGGGAGAGAAACCAUAUUCAUGUUCGGAGUGCGGGAAACGUUUCACCACAAGUACCGCUCUCGUUAACCACAAGAGAACUCACACCGGGGAGAAGCCGUAUUUGUGUUCGGAAUGCGGGAAAUGUUUUGGAGCGUGUUCAGCCCUUAUUUAUCACAAGAGGACUCACACGGGGGAGAAGCCGUAUUCAUGUUCUGAAUGUGGGAAAUGCUUUACUACGAAUUCAGCUCUUGUUUAUCACAAGAGAACUCACGAGGGGGAGAAGCCGUAUUCGUGUUCAGAGUGCGGGAAAUGCUUUCCUGAGAGUUCAGCUCUUAUUAAUCACAAGAGAUCUCACACAAAGGAGAAGCCAUAUUCAUGUACGGAGUGUGGAAAAUGUUUUAGUAGGAGUUCAACACUUGUUAAUCACAUGAGGACUCACACAGGGGAGAGGCCGUAUUCAUGUUCAGAGUGCGGGAAAUGUUUCACUCUGGGGUCCCAUCUUGAGUUACACAAGAGAACUCACACAGGGGAGAAGCCGUAUCCAUGUUUGGAGUGCGGGAAAUGUUUUAGUCAGCAGAGCAAUCUUAAAUUUCAUAGGAGAAUUCACACAGAGCAGAAGCCAAAUUCGUGUUCAUAAUGCAGAAUUAUUUCACUACGAGUACUGCUUUCUUGAGAAGUUAUAGCCAUGUUUUAGAAAUGUUUUACUGUGGGAAAAAAAAAUCUUCUAUUACCUUGUAGAAUUCACAGUGGGCCGAACUUAUCUUCAUGAUGAAGUGACAGAAAUGUUUCUUUCUUGUCCAUUUAGGGACACUGGCCCGGAUUCAGAGAGCAAUUGCGCCUGCGUAACCAUAGUUACGCAGCGCAAUUGCUUACUUGCGC